AUGGCACCGUCAGCAAGCUGCUCGGUGUGCGGCCAUGUAGACUCCUGGCGUCACUCCCUGAUUGAGUGCAAUAUGUCGCGCUGCGUGUGGGCAUUGGCAGAUCCGGCUGUUGUGGAGCACAUGUGCCUCGCGAUGGAACCAUCGGCGAGACAAUGGCUGUUCUUGAUGCUAAAGACGAUGGAUCAUGCAGAAUUCAUCAGGAUGCCGGUCACUUUGUGGGCAAUCUGGCACGCUAGACGCAAAGUGAUCCAUGAAGAAAUCUACCAGAGUCCUAUGGCAACUCACCUAUUUGUUGAGGCCUUUGUCAGGGAUCUGGGGGAAUGCCAACAGUCGAUGGUGAAGCCGCGAGGUGGAGUGGCAACGGCGACACCUCGAUGGAUACCUCCACCUCUGGGCUGUUGCAAGAUCAAUGUUGAUGGUGGAGCGGCAAAAACAAGACAGAGGGGUGCUGUUGGAGCAGUCUGCCGGUCGCAAACAGGGGAGUACCUGGGAGCGUCGGCAGUGGUUUUUGAUGGCGUCACGGACCCUUGCUGCCUGGAGGCGAUGGCCUGUCGUGAGAGCCCGGCGUUGGCGGCUGAUCUACACAUUGGCGAGGUCAUGGUGGCGUCGGACUGCGCCGAGGUGGUGCAGAGCCUUAAGGGUCCAUGCAUGGGGCAUUUCGGCCACAUUACUCGGGAGAUCAAAGAAACAGGCGCCAUGUUUGGCUAG